AUGACUUUGUUGGAUCAACAUUUGUUUUUGAAUAAUUUGGAAAAGUACUUUAUCAAAAGCCGACAAGGAGGUCCACCUGCUGUUAGAUUGACUAUCAAGCCAUGUAAGAACAUGUUCUUUAUUUCUUUAUUGUGAAUUAAGCAGUGUUGUUGAUUUGUGAAGAAGCUUUGUUUUUGGCUUUAUGGUUAAUAUAAAAAUGAAUUUUUAGACGAUGGAAGGACAAAGCCAGCUCCGAGAUCUGCUGAAAAGCAAGCCAAAUUAGGAAAGAGAGCCAAGAAGACACAGAAGAGGAAGAGAGCCGAAGAACCUCCAAAGGAGAAUCUUUGUUUGAUUAGGGCCAAGAUAGGUGAUGAACAUAUCAGUACUGUGGUGAGUUUUUGGUUUUCUUUCUUUUAUUUUAGGCUUUUGUUGGUUUAUCUUGAUCAAAAAAUGCUUUUUUUAAAAUACAGAUAUUUAAGAUGGUUAUAAAGAGGUUUUUCAACUGCAUAUAUUUACUUUUGUGAACGUUUUCACCUAAAUUCAAUUUUAUCUAAACUAACUUUAGUUGCGAGCAAAAGAGGUGAACAGGUUUCAUAUCCAGUAUAUGGGGCUACUGCGAGAGCACAUGAACACUCUACAGAAGCCGGCCAAGGAAAAGAAAACGGCUAGACGUGUAGCUAAAGCCAACUAA